ACCUUACAUUUGUAUUAUUUGUAUAAUAAUCCUUCAAACACAAAAAUAUAUAUCAUCACAACCUUAAUUAAUCUCCCAAAAAUCAACAUCCACAUCAAUAUCUCCUCCUUCCUCCAAACCUUGAGUCGGGCCCAAUCCCAAACCCCUCCCACACCCGCCGCCCCGUCGCCGGCCUCCGACGCCUGCAGGCCGACCCGAUGGGACUCGAUCGGACCUGAAAAGUCAUCCACUCCAGCCUCUACGCCUCGCUACGGACGAACUUGCCCCGGGAGGUCAUGGGUUUCCGGGCCUACCCGUUCGUGGCAAGGGAAGCCCGGGAGAGAUCUGAGG